UAAAGGUUAAAUAGCAUUACUUGAAAUAUGCUUCAUCUUAAGUGUAAUGUUAUGAUGUAACGUACCUUCUCCGUCAUAAUGUUCAAAUGAGAAUCUUCAUGUAGAGACUGACUACUUUAAUAAACUACUUUUCAGUGUAUCAAAUUCACCACUUAACAACUAUGUUAAAUUUACAAUUAUUGUAUUUACUUAUUUUUUUUACAAGUUAUACAUUAUCGUCAUCUUACAAAGAGAAUAAAAUUGUUCAGGAUUUAUUAUUAUAUCCACCGGAUUCAGCCAGACUAUAUACACACAUUAAUCGUGGAAGUUAUUUUGGUUAUUCUGUAGCAACAUACAUUGGACAGUCACAACCAUCAUGUUUAGUUGGCGCACCGAAAGCAAGUCAUGGUAGUAGUAGUAACAGUAUAAAUGAAUCAACUGGAGUUGUAUAUCGCCUUGAUAUGGAUCUUACAUUUCCAUUUUGUUCAGUUGUACCAAUUGCAACUACUGAUGAAUUAAGAAAAGAAGUUGGUACACCAACACCCGGAGUAUCUCAUUGGUUAGGUGGGACUGUGGCAGCUGCAAACAACGCUGUUGAUGGAAUACAACUUGGUUGUGAUUUUCGUUAUUUAUUGAAUUCUGACUUAUUGAAUGAAAUUCCUAAUGAUUUAACAGUUAAUUCGGUUAAUCAAUACAAAUCAUCAGUUAAAUCAAAAAGUUCACUUGGGAUUGGAAAUUGUGCUUUAUAUACUGGAACAUCUAUGCAGUAUGUUUCUGUAGAUCCUUGUCAUAGUCAAGAAGAAGGUGCAUGUCUUGCUGGAUUCAGUGCAGAUGUAAAAGCAGGUAAUCAAUCCGGUGAAGCAUUAGUUGCUUUAGGAAUGCCUGGAAGUUAUUUAACUGAGGGAAAUAUCUUUCUAGGUCGUUAUCGUGGUCGUGAAUUAAUCAAUGCAAUUCGAUUGAAAAGUUCAUCACAUGAUUUAAAGCAUAAGGGUUUUGGUUUAGGAUAUGCUAUUGCUUUAGCCAAAUUAAAUAAUAAUAAUAACAAACUUAGUGGACAAAACAAACAUAUACAAUCAGAUGAUCAGCAACAUUUUCAGUCAAAUAUUAACAUCAUUACAUCAAGUCCAAUGUGGAUUGAUAAUGACUAUCGUGGAAUUAUUAUGAUAUUAAAUCAAGCUAUGGAUUUAGGUGGAAUAACUUAUUUGAAAGAUAAAUGGAGUCAUGUUGGAAGUUAUUUUGGAUAUAGUCUUGCUGUCGCAGAUCUUGAUGGAAAUGGUCUAGUUGAUAUUAUUGUUGGUGCACCAUAUUUUACUCGACGCCAAAAUCAAGAAGGAUUACAAGAUACAAUAAAUUCAAAACAAUUUAAUCAUAAUGAAGGUAUCCAAUGGUCAAAUCUUCUACCUGACAUUGGAAGAGUUUAUAUCUUUUACGGAAAUCAUUUAAAUUUAUCUAAUUUACUUAGUGACUCUAAGCAAAGACCAGAAAUCCCAGAUUAUUUCACUCAAGAUCCUGUGAUUUUAGACGGACCAAAAUCCCCUAAAGGUCGAUUCGGUCAUGCCUUAACAAAUAUUGGUGAUAUCGAUGGUGAUGGAACUGAGGAUUUAGCUGUCAGUUGUCCUUAUUGUACUGAUCCUGAUGGACGAACAGAUAAGGGAGCUGUUUUCAUUUAUUUAGGCAAGAAAGACUCCACACUGGAUACAGAACCUUUUCAGAGUAUAUGGCCUUCUGACUUACCUAAACAAUCUCCAGUAACAAUAUGUGGCAGUACUGAUUUCACCAGUGAUCAUGCAUCAGAAAGCCCACGUUUAUUCACAGCGUUUGGUUGGAGUUUAUCUGGUUCAUAUGAUUUAGACGGGAAUCAUGCGCCUGAUCUUGUAGUUGGAGAUUAUGAAAGUGAUCAAGUCGUAAUGCUUCGAGGACGUAACACUUUAUGGUUUGAUUCACCAAUUUGGGAACUCCCAACACAACCAACCUUAUCAUGGCGAUAUAAAGAUACUUUAACCUGUGAUGAACAGUGCUAUUUUCCAAUUCAAUUAUCUGCUCGAAUUAAUGGUAAGCAACAUUUAUUGAAACAAAUUAAAGAUUGGAAACUUCGACUAUUGAUUAAUUUGGAUUCAGAUGUUGAACAGCCUGAAAAUAAACGUCUCACCAUACAAACAACACGAAAACAAAUGAUUUAUCAGUCAACUGAUAAAGGAAUUAUUGAUAUGCUUGUGGAAUUGAAAACGGAUGAAUUCAUAGAAGAAAACUCUAGUCGGAUAACUUUAUUUGAUUUUAUUGUUAAGCCUUUAACCUCGAAAAUAAAUGCACUUUUAUGGAAACCUGUACGUAUUAAUGUAACACUAAACCCUGUACAUGAGCCAAUGUCCUUUGUUGAACACAAAUCAAUAUCAUCAUGGAUAUUGCAUCCAUUCUUGGGCAGUCGAAACUUUAUUAGUCGUUCAAUGCAAUUUGCCAAUCCAGCCUGUGGCGUUGAUAAUAUAUGUCGACCUGAUUUACAAGUUCAAAUGAUUGAUAUCUCUGAAGGUCCAACUGAUAAAUCAAUUAUUUAUUUUAGAGAGCGUGUUAGUCAAAGAAAUAUUACUGUUCAUAUUGGGAAUUUAGGUGAAAAUGCUUAUUCUACUCAAUUACACAUGAUAUUUCCUGAUCAAUUGAGUUUUAGUAUACCAGAAGGUUUAUCAUGUCAAACUGUGACAUUGAAUGAUUUGAAACAAACUCAAUUAAUUUGUAAUUUAGAUGAUCCAUUGAGUUAUACAGGAAAUGAUCAUUUUUAUUCAUUCACUUUUCAAAUAAAUACAGCUGGAGCAUUUAGACAAUUAGAUGAACCAAUAAACGAUCAACCAGAAAAUAUUUCAGAUCAUGAUCCUUUAGAAAAACUAUAUUCACAUAAUUCUAAUGAUGAUAUGAAAAAACUUGAUUCAUUAUCGAAAAUGAUCCAUAAACCAAACCAUAAAGAUGAUAAUGAAAUGAGAACGGAUGAUUUUUUCAUACAUUCGUCGUCAUUAAGGAGAGAUAAUAGUAAUAAUGAUGAAUAUGAGGAAUUACACGUUAAACCUAUACACCAUUCAUAUAAAGUUAAACGGAAUAAACGUAAUACUUUGUCAAUUCCUAAAGAUUUAACAAUAACAGCUGAAGUGAUAAGUGGAAAUACAGAUGACAAUAUAAAUAAUAAUAAAGCAAGUAUUACUUAUCAAUUGAAAUUGGCUGCUAAAGUUGAACUUUCAUCAUCUGCGUUGGAUCGUACAAUUAUUGAUUUUCGGAAUUUUUCUGUACAACCAUAUGAGAUGCAAAGAAUUCAUCCAGAAACAAUUGGUCCAGAAUUGAAACAUAUUUAUCUUGUUACAAAUGCUGGCCCAUCACCAUUGGAAAAAUUUUGGGUUAAUUUAACAAUUCCUGUACAAACAAGAGAUGGUGAAUAUUUAGUUUAUCUAUUAGAUCGACUUAGAUAUCAGGCAGAAGAUGGUGGACCUCCACGUUUUGAAAAUAUAUCGCCAGAUGUUGUUAGCGCAGAAGGUCAUGUACGCGGAUUAUGUAUAACACCUGAAUGGGCAUUGAAUCCUUUACGUUUAAAUGCAGUUCAUCGUAAUCGUGUAGACGACUUUCCUAAAUCACGAUCAUUAAGUCGAAGUUUUCGAUCACAACUCUCCAUAACAAAAUAUCGACGUUCGGUGAAUAGGAAAAUAAAAAAUAAGGAAUUAUUUUACCUAAAUGAUAAACACAAUUUCAUUGACGAUAAUCAACCAAUUAAUUCAAAAGAUACAAUUAGAAACGCUAGGUCAAUUUUACAUGGUGUAAGAAAACGUCAACAAGAAAUUAUCAAAUGUGGUGAAAAAUUUUCUGAUUUGGGAUAUCCGGUUUGUGCAGUUAUAACAUGUCGUGUGAAUGGAUUAUCACGUGGUGAUGCUGUACGUAUUGUUUUACGAGGUUGGAUAUGGGCUGAUACAUUUUUUCGUUAUAAAAUAUCUGACUUUGCAAUUGUCAGUGAAGCGAAUGCUAAACUUGAAGAAACUGCUUUUGGUAUAAAAAUUGACAGUAAUUUAACUAUACAACCAUUAGCUAUAUCACAGAAUUUUGUUUUUGAAGGUAUUAAUGUAUCAUUAUUUCGUGAAAUUCCAUUAUGGCCAUUUAUACUUGGCAGUGUAUUAGGUUUAGCAUUAUUAGCAUUAUUAAUAUUUACAAUGUGGAGAUGUGGUUUCUUUCACAGAAAACAAAUCUAUGAUAACCAACUUCAACAUUAUCCACAUAAUAAUAACAAUAUUAAUAGUAAUGGAAACAGUAUUAAUCCAAUAUUUAUUGAACCGAGAAAAAUUUGAUAAGAUCAAUAUUAAAAAAAUAGGAACAAUAGAAUCAAACAGUGUUAUUCGUCUUCUGUAUUCUUAAUAGCCUUGUGACA